AUGUGGGAAACAUACAACACAAUCAUCAACAACAGCUUUCUCCAUCACCAUGGACCUAUACACGAAUUCUACCUCUACAUCCCCGACAACGGACAAAACAACGGUUCUUAUCAGAAAACUCUGAAUCUUAAUGCGUGGCUACAUUUUCUUUCGCACAAUGGUGUCAAAAAAAUUACCCUUAUAAAUUAUCUGUGCUUAUUUGCAGCUAUACCUUUGCCAUCUCAUAUUUAUUCAUGCAUUGAGUUGGAGGAAUUGACACUUUCCAAAGGUUUUAUUUUGAAACGUCCAUCUACCGAAUUUAAGUGCAUUAAACAUAUUCGCAAACUUGAGCUCAAUUCAAUAACAUUAGACGGUGACAUAUUUAGCAAUUUGAUUGCGAAUUGUCCCAAACUUAUUAUACUAAAGCUUGAGCACUGCCUCUACCAUAAGAAUAUUGUUAUAGAUGCACCAAAACUGGAAAACUUAACUCUAAAUGUCUCUUCAUCUAUUGGAUUGUUGAGUUUCAAAAAUAUUCCGAACCUUGCUAAAUUAGAGCUAUCUUGGUGUGAUUCAUCAAUUACUGAUCGCCAAACUGCUGAAGCAGCUGAUGCCAUAAAAAAACUUGCAGCUUCUUGUGAUCUCAAAUCCCUUUUCCUAAGGGACUAUAAGUCUAAUAAGAUCUUCGCUGCAAUUGGAAAAAAGAAAGUUUUUCCGUUGGCACUUGCACAUCUCUAUGAACUGUCUCUGGGAGUACUUAAUUUGAAUGACUUUGGUGUAUUUUCUUGCACUUUUGGUUUUAUUCAAAGCUGCCCAUCCUUUAAGAAGCUCGCUAUCUCAGUUUCUCGUCCAAACAUAAAUGUGGAAGUUGAGCACGAUUAUGAUUAUGACAAUAAUUAUAAAUUGGGUAAUCUGGUUGAGGUGGAUAUUGAUGGUGUAACUGCUUCAAAAGCUGAGCUUAAAUUGAUUGAAUAUGUGCUUUCUGCUUCAAUUGUUCUUCAAAGAUUUACUAUCAAAUUCGGAGCAAUUGGUGAUGUUGCAGAGUUGAAGGUGCAAAGAAAGUUAAAUGGGUUUCAAAGAGCUUCUCCAAAGACACAAAUUGUUUUUUAA